AUGGCCUCUGGACAGGAGGGAUCCAAUUCGAGCGGGAAUCUGACCAACCAGUUCAUGCAGCCGGCGUGGCGCAUCGCGCUGUGGUCGGUGGCUUACAGCGCCGUGCUCGCGGUGGCCGUCUGCGGGAACCUGGUGGUGAUUUGGAUCAUUCUGGCGCACAGGCGGAUGAGGACCGUGACCAACUAUUUCCUGCUGAACUUGGCCUUCUCUGACGUCUCCAUGGCUGCUUUCAACACGCUCAUCAACUUCAUCUACGCGGUUCAUGGAGAGUGGUACUUCGGAGAGGUGUACUGCAGGUUUCACAACUUCUUCCCGGUCGCCGCCGUGUUCGCCAGCAUCUACUCCAUGACGGCGAUAGCCACCGACAGGUACAUGGCCAUCGUCCACCCUCUGAAGCCUCGUCUGUCAGCCAAAGCCACCACGGGAGUUAUCGUCUGUAUCUGGAGUCUGGCUGUGGUUCUGGCCUUCCCUCUCUGCUACUUCUCCACAACCGUACAGCUGUCCCGCAGGACAGUCUGCUACGUGGCCUGGCCCCGCAAGGACAGCGACCACUUCAUGUAUCAUAUCAUAGUGGCAGUUCUUGUCUACGUGCUGCCUUUGGUGGUGAUGGGCAUCACUUACACCAUUGUGGGAUUGAAACUGUGGGGAGGGGAGAUCCCUGGAGACACAUCUGAUAACUAUCACGGACAGCUCAGAGCCAAACGGAAGGUGGUGAAGAUGAUGAUCAUCGUAGUGGUGACCUUUGCCCUCUGCUGGCUGCCCUAUCACGUCUACUUCAUUGUGAUGGCUCUCAACAUGCGUCUGAGCAAAUGGAAGUACAUCCAGCAGGUUUACCUCGCAGUGCUGUGGCUGGCAAUGAGCUCCACCAUGUACAACCCAGUCAUCUACUGCUGCCUCAACAGCAGGUUCCGGGCCGGUUUCAAGCUGGUUUUCCGCUGGUGUCCCUUUAUCCGGGUCUCGAGCUACGAUGAGCUAGAGCUCCAAAAUAAAAGACUUCGACCAGGUCAUCAGAGCAGCAUGUGCACCCUCUCUCGGGUCGACACCAGCAUCCUCAGCAAAGACAGGAGCACCUGUUCUCGUGGAAACAGGUCAAGACUCAACUCUGAACCCAAUAACAAAGACAGUUAG